AUGAUUCGUAGCUUCUCUCUAAAAUCCAAUUCUCGCAAACAUUUCACCCUCCAACUCACUCCCACCAUCACCGAAGAAUACACACUCGAUCAAAACGCCAUCAUUGAUGACUUGCUGCCAGAAAUCAUCACCAAGCAUCCAGAAAUCAUACCACCUCCUUCAGCCACUACUCAUGAACUCCACGUUACCAACUUUAAAUCGAGAAAAGUAAACUGGGGUACCUCCAUCAAAAACCUCAUCAAGGAACAAUUCACUCUCACCAUCGAUCCACCACUCGCUCUUCUCAACGGUGGCUCAGCCUCACCAAAAACAACGCCACGCAGUGGAAGCGUUGCUACUAACAGUAGCAGUAAUUUAAAUUCUCCCGCCAAUUCUACAACUUCCCUAUCGAAAAAUGAAGCAGGAGCUUCUUCAUCAUCAUUGGCCAUUGGUAAUAGUACGGAUAAGUUGGUGGAGGAGAUUACAACUACCUCACCAAGAAUUAAAGGAGUGGGUGUUGGACAACAUUUGAUGAGUGGUUUGAAUAGUGGAACAACAACAACAGCAACAGCAACAUCAUCAUCAGAUAAUAAUAAUGGAGAGCCUCCGAAGGUUAGUUUGCACUUGUUGUUGAACAAGUUGACUGGUAAGAAUACUGCUGAUGCUUCAUCGGAUAGUAUGCACACAAUGAUGAGGAAUGCUAGUGUAAUUAAAGUGAAUCAGAGUUCUCCAAUUUUAUUUGGAGGAUUGUUGGAGAAUCACUUCCCAGCUCACUCUUCAAUUGCAAUGGAGAGUAUUCCUCCUGUUUUGGAGAAAAUGUUGAGUUAUUUGAAACAAGAAAGAGUUCAAAGAACAACAGGUAUUUUCAGAUUGACAGGAUCUACAAUGGAAAAGGAAAGAUAUAUUCAAUUAUUGAAUGAAGCACAAGGAAAGAAUGGUGACUUGACACCAGUUGUGUUCCCAAACUCUAUCGAUCCUAAUAUUGUUUGUAAUUUAAUGUUGGAAUAUUUCAAAAGUUUAGAUAGAGGUCUCUUUGAACCAUUCCAAAAGUUUGUAGAAAUUAGCGAACAAACAUCUGAAAAUGAACGUGUCAAUAUGAUCAGGAGAGAAAUCGAAGAUAUGAAUCCAAUUUGUAAAAAUGUUAUUAGAGAUUUAUUCUAUUAUUUCGUGCAAGUACUCUUGUACAAGGAAGAGAAUAGAUUGAGUGUUAAAUCCUUGAGUGUUGUAUUUGGACCAGUAUUCCUUCGUGGUAAAGUAAAGGAGGAUGAAGAGGUUGCCAUUCAGGUCACCGAUGCUAAUAAGAAAGGCACAAUUAGUGCUACAAAACUAAUCACCACUAGACAAUUAUCACAAAAGAUGGUUGACUUUUAUUGUAAAACAGUUGGAGCUAUUAUUGAUAAUUAUAGUUCUAUAUUUGAGAAUGAGAUGGAACAUAAAAUCCAUCACAAAAAGAAAAAGGACAAGUCCAAUAACAACAUGAUGGGCACCAAGACAUUGGAUGCAUUCAUUCAAAAGUUGCAAGAUCACAAACAACAACAAAAUCCAAGUUCAAGCAGUAGCAAUAUUGCUUUGAAACGCCCAGGUGAUUCUUCCAAUAGUAUCUUCUCACCAAGAGAACCUAAAAAACCAACAACUAAAAAUGAAGAAGAAUGGGAAGGAAUCCAAAAAUCUUGGAUGCAAUUUGUUGAAAGUUGGAAGAAGAAAUACCAAGAUGAAAAGAUUGCUCACGAGCAAACGGUCGAGACAAUUAAGAGUACAAAGGAUGAAAUUGAAUUUGAAAGAAGUCAAAUCAAGGGACAACUUGCCAACUUGAAAGAACAACUUGAUGAAAAGAAAAAGUACAUUGCUCAAAAGAGGCAAGAAUGGGAACUUCAAAGGGAACAAAUUGCACUCAAUUGGGAAAAUGAAAAAGUUGAAUUGGAAAAGGAAAAAGCAAAGAGAACCAAGGAAGUCGAAGAAAGCAGAGAUCAAUUCAAGAAAACACUUGAAUAUUAUAGCAUUACAAACUUCCAAAUUGAUGUUGUUAUGGGAGAUGAAGACGAUGAUGCAGUUUCUAGAAUGGCUGCAAACAGUGCUCCACCAGGUACUCGUGCUUCUACUGAAGAAAAUCCUGAAACAGGAGAUACUCCAUCUUCCAACAGAAAUACUUCUAGAUCUGUGAUUGGACAAAAGAUUGCUGUAGACUCUCGUUUCAAGAAGAAGACAGAUGCCACUUCAGCUCCUCCAAGAAAGGGUGAUGAUGAUAGUGAUGACAGUGAUGAAGAAGAAGCCAUCAAGAACAAACACAAGCCAUCCAAGAGUGUAUUAUUCAAUGAUUUAGAUGACAAGACACCUCAAUCAUCAAUUAAUAAGACAGCUCCUUCUUCUAGUGUUUUCCUUCCUACUAACAAUAAGAAGAAGGAUAGCUCUUCGUCCGAUGAUGAUACAGGAAUUACCAAACGUUGUGGAGCUUGCAAAAAGAAAAUUACUGGAGAGUUUAUGGAAACAUCUGAUAGUUACUUCCACAAACACUGUUUCACUUGUUCUAACUGUAUUAAGGAAAUUAAUGGACCAUUUGCCAAUGUAUCUGGUAAAUUCUGGUGUGCUACUUGUAUUCAAAACAAGAACAAACACGUGAAAUAUCAAACCAAAGAAGAUCCAGAAAAGAAGCCAAAACCAGCAGCAGCUUCAACGGAUAUGGAGUGUGCUGCCUGUAAAGAAAAGAUUAUCAACAAGGCAGACAUGGUUAAGGCCCUCUCCAAGACCUACCACAAACAAUGCUUUGUCUGUCAAAAGUGUGGUAAUGAAUUUGAGAAUAUGAAAUUCUAUGACCUUUUGGGUGAUCCAGUUUGUGCCACAUGUAAGAGAAAGUCCAUCAAAUCUAAAGCUGUAAAAUAAAAACAUUUACAAAU